CACACGCAAACGCAAAUCAAAUCACAAUAGUCAUUACGCACAAAAGUAUAAAUUUUUAGUGUAAUGAUCUUUAAAAUAAUUUAAAAUGCUGUGGUAUCUGCCAUGGUCUGAAAGUAUCAAGAAGAGGGCUUGUAGAUAUCUCUUACAACGCUACCUUGGAAAUUUCCUUGAAGAAAAACUCACUUUAGAUCAGCUGAGUGUGGAUUUGUACAAUGGAACAGGGACGGUAUGCGAUGUCAGCCUUGACUGCGAGGCACUCAAUGAACUGGGUGACUCACAAAAUUGGCCGUUAGAAAUAGUGGAUGGUCAGAUGCAAGAAAUUACAGUAACUAUACCUUGGUCAACAUUGUUAAAAGAUGAUUCUAUUGUUGAAGUCAAUGGCUUAUCACUUACAGUACAGCCAAAAGUCAGAGCUGAACCAGUAUCAUCUAUGUUGGAGUCAAUGUGGUCAUCCAUGUCAUCAUCAAUGCAACUUGCUGCUGAAUGUCUCCGGGAAGAAGCUGGACCACAGGAAUCUAAUCCUGUAGAAGGGAUUGAAAUGUUUGCACAUGCUAUUGAUUCAAUUUUAAGCAGAGUAAAGGUUAAAUUUGUCAAUACAAAAAUAAGAAUAGAACAUGUGCCUAAAAAUGGUGUCAAAGGGAUUGCUUUGGAAAUUCACAUACAAAACAUUGACUACUUUGAUGAAGCCGGUGCAGAACCUGUCCCAGAAACAACCGAUCCUGGUCAAUCAAAAACCUACAUUGUUUCAACGUACACAAAUAAGAAAAUCAAAUUCAAUGGUGUAACAUUAUACAUAGAUGAGUUCCCAUCAAGACUUAGGACCAUGGCUAGAAGUCUUACUAUGGAAAAAUCUAUAUCAUCACAAGCUGAUAAAUCUGAUGCUGCAGAAACAUCGGACGUCAACUACCAAAGUACUAUAUCUGAUGUAUUCUACGAAACGAGAAGCGUCAUAUCAACUAUUGAAUCCGAUCCAGUUAAAGAGAUAAUCGGUGAAGAUACUCAAAGUGGAUCAAGAGAACCAACUCCUGAAGAAAAAGCUAAGCAACCGGAGCCCAUUGUAUUUGCUAAAUUAACAGGGCAACAGGAAUUAGCGUUGAAAUUGAAAUACUCAGAAGAAGUUGAAGGACCUAAAGUUGAAGUGAAAAUUUUAUUAGGGUCUUUGAUAGUGUAUUUGACACCCAGACAAUUACAUACACUGUUCGAACUUGUUGAUGCUUUAAAUCAACCGGAUUUAGAAGAUACAAGUAAUUUACCACUUCGCCAAAGCGGUGUAAAUAUGCAGUGUAAACCAAUGAAACAAGCUGAUUUCCAACUAAUUGAAGCUCAACUGCAAGGCAACUUGGAGCGGCAGAGUAAGCCAACACAUAUGUACGGGUGGUCCGGACCUAGCUUCGAAGACAGUGAUGCAGAAAGUGAGAAGUUCCACCCGAUGACGACCAAUCAGAUGACGGAGAGCUUUACAUCUUCUGUGAGUUCCAUGAGUGCCAGCAUGACAUCCAGUGUCAAUAUGCCUACUGCACAGCCCAGGAUCAAGAGGAACAGGAAAGUUCCGCAUAUUGAUGGAGAUCCUACAGCAGAGGUCUCGCACGUCAGUCUAAGAAUGGCGUCAUUUUAUUGCGUUUUACUGCACAAGGAUAUAUUAGUGGGAACUCCAAUGGGUACGGAUUAUAUAUCACCCGCAUCCAUUACCAAAAUGCAGCAAGCUUCGAGAGAGUUCUUUGACAAUGUUGAAUCUUUCUGCAGAAGUGAGGAGCGCAGAGAGAACCAUAAAGUUAAUGACGCAUUAGAUAAAGCUACUAAAAGAAAUCAUUUGAGGAUAUUAACAACAGAGAUGAGUUUAGAUGGCAGUGAGAAGGUGACGUCACACGGCAGUCAGACGAUGUGCGAAGCCGCCAUUAAGAAUUUUCUAGUGAGAGAAUGUCUUUACGAACAGUCACAAGACGAUAUCAAACCUCUAAGCUUUGAUUUAAUCAAAUUUGAAAAUAAAGAUAAUCCAGAUCUAGGAACUAACGUACAGACGCCUAAUAUAAAAGUUAAUUUCAAACAAACAUCUAAAUAUAUGAGAAUAUCUGGCGAGAAAAAACUAGUUUCUCCUACCACGGAUAUUGUAGUAAAAUGCAGUCCUUUCUUCGUGGACGUGGAACUGACGUUAGUAGACCGUAUGUCUGCGACUUUCUUCCCCCCGGGCGGCAGCAGACCGCGAGGCUCACACCCACAGAACCAUAUAAACUUUGCACUUCAUUGCCCGCAGCUAAAUGUUAUACUAAGGUUCCCUAUAGCGGAUUUACGUAGCUGUGUAAACCACGAAGCACGUCGUGUGAGAGCUGACUACCUGAUGCUGCAGCUGCAGGCGGCGGCUGCGGGCUGGUCUCAGGUGGCCAGCGUGCGCCCGCUGCCCACCACACUCACAUUGAGGGCCACCACCAUACAGCUAUACUAUUGUGAAAACGAUCACUUACCGCCAACGCACAUGGCUCAGUCUACAAUGGACGCUGCAUCGUUUGAAGGAAACAUUCUUAAAGGCAAUACAACUACACCCUUACCUAUGAUUUCUCUUACAUUCUUACCGCGGGAAUCGAACAGAGGUCCCUUCGAUUCUUUACACGAGGAGAUGAAUUUCGAGCCAAAAAUACCUAAUCCGAUGACAACAUCUAUGUAUAUAAUGAACAACUUGAAGAGUUCAUUGCCCAGUCCAUUUAGCGGGAAGAAAACAGCACAUCAGAGUAUUACGAAACAGGAAGAUAAUCAACAAGCACACGAAGAAGAUCUCAUAGUACCCGGUACUGAUGAGGAGAUGGCGGAGUUCACAAACAGUUCUGUAGAAAAUUCUUACAUACAUCUCGAUUUCAACCUGCCCAUACUCAGCUUGCAACUAGAAUCAAAACAGUUGUAUGAGAUAAUCUACAACCGUAUCAACUCAGACUUAUUACUGUGGGAGCCGCAUGUUGUGGAGCAGUUUGAGAUCAGUCCACACAUCGGUGGCAUCUAUCCCGCCUUUGGGAUGUGCAAAGGUGGUGCUUACGAUUCCGAUACGGAGAGUUCAUCAUCUGAAGAGGAGAAUCUCUAUUAUUCAACAUAUGACAACAAAUUGAAAAAGGGUAUCGGAAAUUCCAGACAAUUGCCUGAAAACAAAGAGAACGAGAAACACAACUUUUGUCUCACUCUUAAUGUCGGGAAAGGUCUUAUGACUAUCUUCGCACCUGUCAGAGACGCCAACAAGCGUGUUGUUCCCGGACAAAUGGGUGAAUUAGUACUUGAAGCUCAUAGACUGAGCAUGUGUCAAGUUAGUGGUCUUAACGGACGAUCUAAAACCGCACAACUUUGUCUACGAUCAGGAAAAGUUACAUUAUAUCAUGAACCACUUCUGUCUAUACCAUCGGAAAAACCUCCGCUGCGUCUCUAUGGUACAUCUCUACCAUUACAUUUGAAGACAACAAUAUAUCCUUCUAACAAGGGAAUUAUCAUCAAAGAUCGUCUUCAAACAAAAGAUAUGUUCUCUCUCGCGUUAAAGACUGAUCCUGACAGCGAGACUCCUAAUUUAAAGACAAUUUGCAUAGCAAUAGGCAUAGAGCAAGCGACUUUGCGACACCGUGGCGACAAGGGCAUUGCAUGGCUGAGCCAGCUACUGGACGUGCUGGACGUACUCGACUACCCUGUGCCAGGAUACAUACCCUCCACUGUACUAUCCGAGUUGCACGUGCACGUCUGGGACUGCGCCAUAGACUACAGACCACUGUACUUGCCGAUACGAACAGUCCUCACUUUGGGCAACUUCAGCGUGUCAAGCAAUCUGAUCCCGGAGACUAAUACGUCGUGCUUGCGGUUCCUCGCUCAGGAGUGCACGCUGUUCCUGUCUCAUACUGGUACCAGGACAAAUGAGCAGGUUCCACAGGAUGAUGACAAACCGCCGGACGUCCAGAGGGACUAUGUUUGUGUUAUUGAUGUAGGACUGUUCGAGCUAGCGCUAAGAACUGAAGACAAGGCUAAUAGUUCAGGUGAGCAACCCCAAGUGGAGGUGACAGCAAGCAACAAUCAAGUUAGUGUUUACACGUGCUGGGACUCCGCGUCUGCGCUGUGCCGUCUACUGACGUAUGCGGCGGCUGACGGUGACUCCAGGCCUCCUGCGCCUGCACCUCCUUCACCUCGACACAGCCUUUGUUCAGACCCACCGCUCGAGACGCUAGUUGGUCUUGAUGAUCGACCCAUAGAAGAAAUACGGGAACUAUCGCCUAGUGAAAUACAACAAGUCAAUGAUCUUAUGGCCGAAGCAAUGAAGGAAAGUCCAAACAAUACUAUUGAUGAAAACGAACUAAACAGUUCAACUGAAAAAGAGGGAGUUGAAAUAUUCUUUUUCCCGGAUGAGUCUAAUAUGAAAGUAAAGCAGCCAUCUUCUGAAGCAAUUAAUUUGGAUACUGAACCGAAAUCCUUAGAAGAAGAAGACACUUCUUUACCAGUCGAAGAAGUACUAGAAACAAAACCUCCGUUAAUCCAAUCUACUAAAGAUGUAUCAGAUACCUCAACACCUAAAAGUACUCCUAAGAAACCUAAACGUAAAAAGAUCAAAUCAGUUGGAGACGGAAGCAACACAGAUGACGAAUACUGCAUAGUAGAUAACAGCGGGUGUGGACAAGACAAUGAGAUGGAUGAACCAGUAGUGCGGUGGCUGUGCCCUGGACCUGUCUACAUGAUUGACAACCACUUCACUGUACCCGCAGCAAGGACUGAUGUACUUAAAGCACCUAAGAGUUUUCCAAUGCCGGUAUUAAGGUACACGUUACGCGAGAUGAGUUUAACAUGGAAUAUAUAUGGUGGACACGACUUCACUGCUCCCGGAGAUGUGGCCAGCAAGAAGACGGUCACCAUAGAGGACAAACGACCUCAUGGCUCACCUACCAUUUCCAAAAGAAGCAAAGAAUACGAGCCGUACGAAAGUGGUCGUGCGUUAGCGGACGCGUACCGGCACGGCGUGAGCUGGACGGCGGGUAACGAGCGUGUGCGCGCCGCACCUGCGCCUGCGCACCGCGACCUGCGCAGCCGCGGCGGACGUGCUCGUGACCACACCACCUGUGUCAAGCUGCGACUUGCUAAGGUGAAGUUCGUACACGAGGUGUACGCUGGUGGCGCGGCGCAGGCUUCACGUCAGACGCUGGCAGUAGGCAAGCUGGAGGUACUGGACCGACUUGUGCGCAGCGACAUCAACAAGCUACUCUCACACUACAAGCUCAAGGACGAGCCCGACAGAAAGAACGCGCAUAUGGUGGUAGUGAAAGCGGUGCAUCUGCGUCCGGAGCCGCAGCUGAGCGCGCAGGAGUGUUGCCUCAAGGUAUCGCUGCUGCCGCUGCGCUUCAACCUCGACCAGGACACGCUCGCCUUCCUCGUCUCCUUCUUCUCCAAGCUUGGCUCCGAUGAACCUUCCGACGAGGACAGCAAGAGCAUGAGCAGUGGAUCAACAGAGGGAGGAGCUAGUGUGGGGGCGGGGUCUCGACAGACCACGCCCACACACCGUCCUCCUGUGAUGAGCAUCGCCAGCCAUCUGCGAGACCCUCCGCCCACACCCACAUCUAUUGGAGACGCGGAUUCACUCUCACUCAAUGACGCAGUACUCCGUGACGAUGAGCCACUGAUGGAAACGUACGAAGCUGAACGUCUGGUGUCGGAGAACCUCAUCCAGUUGGAAGAAGACUUCCAGAAGCUCGCCGUCGGUCAAGAGAAGCCCGCCGCUAGAAUUCCGGUAGACAACGAACCCCUUGAUGACUCCCCCAUAUACUUUAGACGCGUGGUGUUCUCACCCGAGGUGCCCAUCCGGCUGGACUAUGUGGGCAAGCGUGUGGACCUUUCUGCGGGUCCAGUGGCUGGACUGCUCAUGGGCCUCGGACAGCUCAACUGUUCCGAACUCACGCUCAAGAGGCUCGACUACAAGUUGGGAUUACUGGGACUGGAGAAGCUGGUCCAGUGGGCGCUGCACGAGUGGCUGUCAGACAUCAAGCGGCACCAGCUGCCUGGUCUGCUCAGCGGCAUCGGACCCAUGCAUUCCCUGCUGCAACUCAUAACGGGUAUCCGCGACCUGGUAUGGUUGCCAGUUGAGCAAUGGAGGCGCGACGGGCGACUGGUGCACGGUUUGCGUCGCGGCGCCGCCUCCUUCACCGCGCGCACAGCAGUCGCCGCCCUGGACAUCACCACACGACUCCUGCAUCUCAUACAGGCAACAGCGGAGACAGCAUUAGAUAUGCUAACGCCGGCACCAACACUGGCGCUGCCGGCGGGUGCACGUCGACGGCGACGAGACCCCGCACGAUGUCCCGCAGAUAUCCGCGAGGGCGUGGCCAGUGCGUACACAACUGUACGCGAGGGCUUUGCGGAGACUGCAGCGACAAUGUCGCUAGCGGCGCGGUCGUCGCGCGUUGGUGUGCUCCGCCAGUUGCCGGGCGCGGCCAUGACGCCACUAGCACUGGCCGCCGCGGGCGCUGCGGACGUACUGGGUGGUGUGCGCGCCGCACUCGCACCGCACGCGCACCGCGACCACGCAGACAAGUGGCGGACUUCAGAUUCAGCAGCAGAAUAGAUUAAAAAAAUCAUCAUUAAAUAAGAUCUCUAUACUAUAAUCUAAUUUAUGUUUAAAACAUGCGUUGCAUGAUAAAAAAAAUCCAGCAACUUUCCACGCUAAAAUAAGCUUGUAGAUUUUAUCUUGUCAAUUGAUUUUCUCUUUUCAAUUAAAUUUA